AUGAGUUCGACAUCGCCGACAGAUACGAUCAAUGCGAACGACGACAUGAGCCCGCAGAACGGUUCCAGUAAUACUGCAAAACGGAAGAGUGACGAUGGCGCUCCAGGACAACAGAGAAGCAAGAGAAAUCGCUACAUCUCCAUUGCUUGCAAUGAAUGUAAGCGUCGUAAAAUAAAGUGCAAUGGGAACACGCCAUGCCAACGUUGCGGGAACCUAAGCCUGAAGUGUGACUACCAGCCGAAUUGCUGCAACAAUUUCAAAGAAAGCGAUGAAUUCAAGCAGAUGUCAGCGCAUAUAACCUCUCUGCAGCAGCAAGUCGAUGACCUAUUUCAUAACCUCAACACGCUCCGAAGCCACGUCGAAGUCCAAAGCAAUGGCUCCAUGGGUACGCCAUUCAACCAAGAAUACCGACAGACGCCCAUGAUGCCCCCGCAACCUGAACGCUCGCAAUCCAGAUCAUUCAGCAAACACCCACGCUUUCACGGUCCAACAUCGAACGCUUUCAAUGUUGGAGUUGCUAGGUCGAGCUUGAAGACAAUGGGCAUAAACGCGGGUGAUGAAGGUGAAGACGAAGGCAUGUUGACACAUGACGCAACACCACGAGGAUCUCCUCUCAUAGAGAAUACUGUAUCACCAAAACGUCCUAUGCACACAGACAAAGACCCAAUAUGGUCUGUCUCCAAGCACGAGGCGCUUCGAUUGGUCCAUGUUUGGCACGACGAAAUGGGCGUAAUGUAUCCAAUUCUGGAGUUCGAUAAACUCCUGCGCUAUACAGAGAUGCUUUUUACAUUCGUAGAGGCUGCAGCUCGUUCGGGUCUUAUGCAAGGCGCGCUUCCUGGAUCGGAUGCUAUGAUGGAUGAACAAAUCAGCAUACUAAAGCUGGUACUCGCAAUAACACUGGUAUUGGAGGGCGGGGGAAAGCAUCCUCUGGGCGAGAAGCUGUUCGCAAACGUGCAUAAAGUCGUUGACAGGGCUUUGUCUGAGCCGGUUAGCCUUCAUGGCAUCACGUUGUUAGUGCUGACUGCCAUGUAUCACUUCACCAGAGACGACGAAGCAUUGGCCUGGCGAAUAAGUGGGCUAGCUGCGCGACACUGUCUGGAGCUAGGUCUCCAUCGUCGCGAUACCUACACCACUCUCUUUCCUGAUCCAGAAGAGCGAGCGACAGCAAUUCGCAUGUUCUGGACUAUCUACGUGCUCGAUCGCCGCUGGAGUUUUGGCACUGGGAUGCCCUUCGCCUUGCAAGAUGCGGACAUUGACAACAACCUUCCAAAGCCUGAUGUACCGAUGCAAGAAUCUACGCAAGCAUACAUCAACGCCAUGAUUUCAUAUUCAGUUAUCGGGUCGAAAGUAUGGAAAUCCGUUAGUAAUGUCGGACACCAAGAUAAAAUCAACAAGGAAGACAUCUCCUUCUUGGAUUUCCAGGUCCUCAACUGGCAUCGCAGUAUUCCGGAACCUCUGAAAUUCGUUCACCCUGAUAGCGGGCGACAAGUCGAAUCUCCAGCACGCUUAGUCCAUCGUCUUCAAGUUGUGCUAUACCUUCGGGCGAACCAGAUGCGAAUAAUCAUAUACAGGCCAGUGUUACAUACAGCAAACACCAUCAUAGAGCAUAUGGAAUUUGCACAUGUUGUCGUCAAGGUCGCCAAAGACACGAUCCGGAUACUGACGUACAUCAACCAGACUUCGGACAUCUACAGAAGUCAACAGACAAUGUUCAACUACUUCCUCAUAUCGGCACUAGCCGUUCUCUUCCUGGCUGUCGCCCACGCACCAGCUGAGUUUAGCCAACAGUCUCGCGAUGAAUUUUACAUGGCUUUGGAGCUAGUUCGUGGUCUCUCUUCCAAUUCGUACGUCUCGAAACGGCUGUGGAAAACCAUCAAGACGAUCAAAGAGGUCGGACCACGCCUUGGUCUCUUCAUCCGUAACGAUGAAACUAAUGAUGCACAUUCCUCUGCUGCUGUUGCGAUGGCAGGUCUUGCUGGCCAUUCAAUGGAUGAGCUUGCGCUGUACUCGAGCGGACGCAAUACCGGCGGCGUAGAUACGCCGAAUGGAAUGGCCAGUGACUUGACCACCCUGUUUGAAGCUGCUGGGGGCAUCUUCAAUCUGAACGGAUUUGGUGGUUCAUCGUCGUCGGAGCUGUCAAAUGCCAAUGGAGAGUUUGUGAACGGAUUCAGGCAGGAGAAUGAUGAGUUAGCUCAGAUCCUAAGGGAUUUAUUCUAA